CAACCAAACGAACAAUUUCAACUUGGAAUAUUGCACGAUUUUAAAAUGUAUGGAUUUGUUUGCUCCUAAUUAGAAGUACGAACUAUAUUUAGAUAACGCUCUUGACGAGUACAUGCAUGGAUAGAUACUUUUAUCUGAGUUUUAUCAUCAGCAUUCCAUACCUUAAGCAUAUUUUUUUCUCAACUGUCACACCGCCAUUUGCCAGAUGUAGUUGAAAAUGUUGAAAAUUCGCUGGACAACAAAAUAAACAAAAUAGUGCCAUUCCAUUUGUUCGCGAGUUCUCAACGUUUCGAAAUUGUCGCAUCUUUGGUUGCGUUCCGUCCAGUGUACAUCGAUAAUUGUUCAAGUGCAGCGUUUCUACGAUUCAGUAGGAGACGUACAUCAUCAUAGUUUGUGUACAGGGAGUGACGAAUCUGCAGGUGUUAGGAAUCCUAGUUUUUUUUGUUCAGUUCUCGUGCAAUGGUUUAAACUUGAUGCGAUCAUGGAUACAAACAAGUUGAGCCCUAUGAUGACUCUGCAAGGUGGUAAAGUUGUGUAUACAGGAGAUGCUGAAGAACCCUACCCUAGUCUUUCUGAUUACCAUGACUAUGAACCAAACCUUGAAUUUGAUGACUCCGAGCUGCAUCAGACACCCACAGAAGUAGCUGAAGCUAUUGAUUUGCUGCAAGAAAUGGAUCCUGACGAAAUUGCAUCUCCAGUCUCAGAAUUCAUAGAUGAUAAUUUUGAGGCAGAACUAGCUGACAACACUGACAUAAACUUUCAGAGCAUGCUGAGUUCAUAUCCAGAGGUGGGUGAAGCUGUUGAAAAGUUCAUGAUGAUUGAUAAGUGUGGGAUUGUUGAUGUCAAAGGAGAUGACAGUGUUGGUCGGAAAAUCAUUGUGGUUUAUGCUUGCAAAUUACCACAAGUCAACAAGAUUGAUCAUCAGAAAUUCUUAGAAUACUUAAUUUACACGUUGGAUAAGUACGUCGAGCAGGAUUAUAGUUUGGUCUACUUCCAUUAUGGACUGAACAGUAGAAAUAAACCAUCCAUAAGGUGGCUGUGGCAGGCUUACAGGGCGUUUGAUAGGAAGUACAAGAAGAACUUGAAAGCAUUAUACAUGGUACACCCGACGUCCUUUUUGAAGAUAAUCCUACAGAUGUUCACGCCCGUGAUCAGCGUGAAAUUCGGAAAGAAGUUGAGCUACAUCAACACCUUGGCCGAGCUCAGCGAGCACAUCAACCUGGAGCAGCUAUCUAUACCGGAAGAAGUGACAGAGCACGACAAGAAACUGUCCAAGAACACGGAGACUAACAGGAGGACUGGAGAGAAUCCGACUGCAGUCCUGGUACCUUUACCUACCAGGCAAUUUGGAGUUUCACUUGCAACGAUAAAACAAAAUUACAAAAGUGUAAUUCCGCCCGUCAUUAAGCAGACAAUUGAUUACUUGGAUCAUCCCGAUGUGCUGGAAACGGAGGGGUUGUUCAGGCGAUCCGCGAGCACCGUGAAGAUUAGGGCCCUGAGGGAGGACGCAGAUCAGGGCAAAGUGUUGGAGUUCGAUGAUCCGCACGAGGCCACCGUCCUGAUGAAGCUCUUCUUCCGCGAACUCAAGGAACCGCUGCUCACUUUCGAUUUCUACGAGGAAGUCAUGAAUUUCCAACAAAUCAGCAAGGAUAUGCAAUUGAGACACGUUUCCAUUUUGGUGAUGGAAAAGUUACCCGAAGAUAACUAUAAGAUUUUGAAAUACGUCACCGGAUUCCUUUCUAAGGUGAUGGAAAGGGCCGAUCUGAAUAAGAUGACAGCCUCGAACCUGGCAGUGUGUUUCGGACCGAACCUGGUGUGGUCCGAGAACAAGAACCUCAGCAUAGCAGCGAUAGGACACAUUAACACGUUCACGCAGUUUCUUUUGCAGCAUAAUCGAGAGAUCUUCAUGAUCUGAAGAGGCCCAACUUGGUAUAUAUUUUAAUUGUAUACAAAAAAAACAAAUAUAUAUAUAUAUGAAUGUAUAGUUAUUGACUGUG